CUUUCCAUUAAUGUUACACUAUAUCACAUGAAAAUCGAAGUUGCCAAGACAAUGUCGUCAGUCCGUACCUACCCAUGUUCCAAUCCAACUCCACCUCUCGACGUCCGACAUGCACCUCUUCAAGCAACUCGCCCAAUAAUCUCACUGACCAAAUAUCCAAUCGAAUCCAUAUCUCCCAAGCAUAACCCUCCAACCUCACGAUCUUCACCAUGGCCGACGCCAACGCCAACGCCAAGGUCAAAAUCGAAGAGCUCACCUUCAAGCUCCAAGACGACCACCCUGUCUACAUGAAGAAGUGGACUCCAGCCACCUCGGCUCCUCUCGCAAAGCUCGUCUUCAUCCACGGCUACGACGACCACAUCAACCGCUACUUCGAGCUCUUCCCCACCCUUGCCUCCCGCGGCAUCGCCGUCACAGCCUGGGACCAGCGCGGCUGGGGCCGCACCGUGCAACACACCUCUGACCGCGGCCUCACCGGCCCUACAACCCUCGUCAUCGCUGACAUCGCGCAUGUCGUCAAAUCCGAACUCGUGGAUGCUGAGGCCGCGUCGAUCCCUCUGUUUGUGAUGGGCCACUCCAUGGGCGGCGCCGAGGCGCUGACCUUCGCGUCUGAGCCGUCGUAUGCGGACCUCGCGCCGCGCAUCCGCGGGUGGUUGCUUGAGAGCCCGCAUAUCGAGAUGGCGCCUGGUAGCCAGCCAUCGUCGCUCAAGAUCAUGGCAGGGCGGCUUGCGGGGAGACUACUGCCGAAAUUCCAGCUGAAGAAUAAGCUCCCAGCUAAGGAGCUGACGCGUGAUCCGGAGGUGAUGAAGAGUCUCACGGAGGAUCCGCUACUGUGGUCUACGGGGACGUUGGAGGGGCUUGCGGGACUACUGGACCGGGCGGCCGAUUUGUCGGCGGGGAAGAGGACGUUGAAUCCUGGUGUUAAGAGCUUGUGGCUUGCUCACGGGACGAUUGAUGGUGGGACUAGCUACCUGGCUAGCAAGAAGUGGUUUGAGUCGUCCACUAGCAAUGUGCCGGACAAGGAGCACAAGACUUAUGAGGGGUGGCAGCAUCAGCUGCAUGCGGAUUUGCCGGAGACGAGGCCGGUGUUUGCAAAGGAUGUUGGGGAUUGGAUUUUGGCUAGGGUGGAGGCGCUAAAGAACACUGCGGAGCCGCAGGCUGCUGCUGAAGCUGCUGUGGAGGAGAGUAGUGCUGCGGCACCUGCUGCUGCAGAGACUACAGAGGGUAGCGCGAAGGGGGCUGCGAGGUUGUAAUAUACCCAUACGUUCUUGCUACUUGGUGGGU